AGCGUUGCUUUGCUUGGCCAAAAUCUAAAAAUGCAGUGAGACUUCGAAGAGCUUUCCUUGUUUAUUGUCAAAGAUGGAAAGUUCAGAGCCUAGUAGAUUUGAUUUAGAAAGGUCUAUGUCGCAAGCAGAGCUAGAAUUUGAGGAUUUUCUUCGGGAAGAAGAAGAAUUACAGAAAAAGCGAUACAAGCCACAGAAGGCUACAAGUACCAUUCAUCCAUUUGACUACAAAUACAAGCUAGAUUGUACGCUACCAGAAUAUUGUCCAAGGUUUGCAAAUGUUCCGACAGUAAUCGUUCUGGUUGGCCUACCAGCAAGAGGCAAAACAUACAUGGCAAAAAAGCUUGGGAGAUACUUGAACUGGAUUAGCAUACAAACGAAUGUGUUUAAUGUUGGUGAAUAUAGAAGAAAAGUUGUUGGUACAGAUAAGUUACAUGACUUCUUCAGACCAGAUAAUGACCAGGCACAGAUAAUUAGAAGGCAAUGUGCCUUGACUUGUUUAGAAGACGUCAGCAAAUGGCUAAAUAAUGGAGGCCAGGCAGCAAUUUUCGAUGCAACCAAUACUACAAGAGAAAGACGGAGGCUUGUUUUAGAUUUUUGCAGAAGAAGAGGUUUUAAGGUGUUCUUCAUGGAAUCAGUAUGUACCAACAUGGACAUGGUAUCGUCAAAUGUUAAGGAAGUCAAAGUUUUCAGUCCAGAUUACAAGCAAGUGGACAAGGAGGAGGCUUACAGUGACUUUUUGGAGAGAAUCAAACACUAUGAAGAAGCUUAUGAACCUUUGUGCUUAGUACAUGACGGUGACAUGUCGUUUAUCAAGAUAAUAAAUGCUGGUGAGCAGUAUCUUGUCAAUCAUAUCGAUGGUUACUUACAAAGUAAAGUAGUGUACUUCUUAAUGAAUCUUCAUAUCAGGAAAAGGUCCAUUUAUCUUGUUAGGCAUGCUGAGUGCCAAGAUAAUGUUCUGAAAAAGAUUGGUGGGGAUUCUGACUUGACUGUUGAGGGUGAUAAGGUUGCCAGGGCUAUUGGAGAGUUUGUUGACAAGAAAGCUGGUUUAGAUUUGAAGGUCUGGACCAGUCAGUUAAAAAGAGCAGUUUCUACAGCAAAGUAUAUCAGCAAAGUACCAAUAGAGCAAUGGAAAGCACUUGAUGAAAUGGACUUUGGGGAAUUUGAUGGAAUGGACGAAACAGAACUAGAAGCUAUAGACCCUGAAGAACAUAAAGCCAUGCAAAAAAAUAGAUUUGUGUACAGAUACCCUAGAGGAGAGAUUAACAAUAAUGUAGGCAGCUUGUCUACAAUGAAGAAAGUCCAACAAAAAAAGUCUCUUGUAAGAUUUUAUUACAGAUACCCUCAGGGCGAGUCGUAUAGUGAUGUCUGUACAAGAUUAGAACCAGUCAUUAUGGAGCUGGAGAGACAAAAUGAUGUGUUAGUCAUCUCACACCAGCCUGUUAUACAGAUCUUGAUGGCAUACUUCACAGAGCAAACACAUGAUGUGUUGCCUUUUUUGGACAUUCCACUGAAUACUGUAUUCAAGCUGACACCAAUAGCCUAUGGAUGUCGAGUAGAGAAAUUUCCAAUCACAGCAACAUUACAAGAAGCAAACGAAGAGGAGGAUGAAAUUGAAAAAUAACGCUUACAGCAAUGAAAGAAAAAUCUAUACUUUGUGCUCCCAAAUUCGCGCAUGUCGGCGAAAAAUUGAUCAGCGGUAAUCCUACCAAAAAACGUAAAGCUUCUGAAAAUGUGCAAAAUAAUAUAUGUAAAUAUAAUGUCGCCUUUAAAUAUUUUAUUGCAUAAAGAAAUAAGUGCUUGCAAAAUUUGUAAGAAUGCCAGUGUUUCACAAGGAAAAAAAUGAAUUCUAUACAUUUAGGCCAAAUAGUGAUCUUUUUAAGAAUUAAAAAAAAAACGAAAAUAGGAAAUUUUAUGGUAAAGAUCACUUGUUAAAAGUGUUUUAAGUCUCAUUUUGAGCCUUCAGCUUUUUAUAGCAUUUUGCUUGUUUGUUAUAAAAUGAAAUUCUUUUUAUUGACAUUUGAUUGGUUUCCCAAAUUCAGUUGGCCAAUAUAUUUAUUUAUCUGACAUUUCAUUGGUUUUCUCAGUAAAUUCUUUCAGUUUGGACUUGAAUUUGCAAUUCGUCAGUUGUCAUUUGAUUGGUUUCUUUCAUUUAGCUAACCUUUAAAUGGCUUCCUUGAUAUGUCAAACUAACAUUUGAUUGGUUUCCUUCAUUUAGCUGGCCUUUAAUUGGCUUCCUUGAUAGGUCAAACUAACAUUUGAUUGUUUUUUUUUCGUGAACUUGUUAGUUGACAUUUGAUUAGUCUAUAUGAUUUCAUAUAAAAAACUUAUGUUAAAAAAACUUAUUUAAUUUAUACUGGGUAUUUUCUAUUCAAAAAAUUGUACAAAUUGUAAAAAUUGAAUGCAUUGUGAUAUUAUGUAAAUAAGAAUUAAGCAAUCAAUAACACGUUGUGUAUUGUUUUCUCA